AGGCAGGAGGACGGACGCUGCCGCAGAGCUCAACCGCCGACGGACACGCACAGAGGCAGCCAGGGGGGGCGAGCAAGCACCGGCCAUAAUGCGGCAUCGUCGCCCGCUGACCCCGGAGCUGAUGUGACUGUUUCCCCCCCUCAAGCCGGAGCAGGGAGGGAGCGGGCGGACACCGGCACCACCUCUCUCUCUUCCCCCCCCCCCGCCGCUGUUGCCUCGUCCUCGGUGCGUCUGGAGAGCGGAGGGCUGGUGGAGCGAGGGAGGGAGGGAGGGUGGACAUGUCCUCGCUAACCGUGGAGGAGGACCAGAGAUGGCUACCGACGCACGUCCAGGUGACGGUGCUGAGAGGAAGAGGCUUACGGGGCAAGGGCAAGCACGGCACCAGCGACGUGUACACCAUCAUCCAGCUGGGCAAGGAGAAGUACUCGACGUGCGUGGUGGAGAAGACCACCGAGCCCGAGUGGAGGGAGGAGUGCUCCUUCGAGCUGCAGCCCGGCGUGCUGGAGAGGAGCGGCGGCAGGAGCGGGUACCCGGCCGGCAGCAACGAGCUCGUCCUCACCGUGAUGCACCGGGCGCUCAUCGGGCUGGACGUGUUCCUGGGGCAGGCUGUGGUCCAGCUGGAUAAAGUGUUUCAUGAGAGCAGAUGCGUGAAAAACGAGUGGUACAGACUCAACUCUAAGACAGGGAAGAAGGAGAAGGAGCGGGGAGACAUUCAAGUCACCGUCCAGUUCACCCGAAACAACCUGACCGCCAGCAUGUACGACCUGGUCAUGAAGGACAAAGGCGGCUCCACCUUCAGCAAGCUCAAGGAGCGCAUGAGGGGGAAGAGGAGAUCCAGCGAGGAGGACUCCUCGUCGGCCAUCCUGCCCGGAGGCUACGGCUCUCUGUCCCGGUUGCGCCAAAGACUGCCCAGCGACGGAGGCGGGGAGGAGGAUUACGAGGACGACGAGGGCGGCGAGGCCCGGCGGAGCAAGAUGAGGACCUUCUUCCUGAGGGGCAAGUUGAGGAAAUCGUCCGACACUCGCUCCAGCACUUCCUUAGGCUCGGAGAGCAGCGAGUCGUCGUCCCGGGGAGGGAGCCUCAGUCCCACAGCCGGCAUCAGCGUGGUGGUCUCUGACCUCUCCAACUCCCCCAGCAACAGCAGCAACCUGACUGCAGAUAACAGCCCAGAGCACACAGCCAACACGUCGCCCAAGUCGUCGUCUCUCAAAUGUGAGUUCGGUGAUGAGGCCGGUGAGAUCACCAUCGCAGUGCCUCAGCCCACUGUUUGCGUUAACGGAAGCCAUGAAUACGACGUCCAGCCGCUGGACCCAGGCUCAGGAAAACCUGCGGGUUCUUUAGGCUUGGGACUGUUGCAGAAGUCUUUGCCUCUGUCCAUGUCUCUGCAGAACCUCAGCCCGCGGCCCUCCACGGACCUCCCCAUAGGCCUGGCGGGAGACGGGCGCCGCUGGUCUUUCGACAAACCCGGCGAGGAGGAGAAAGCUGCCAUAGCGGCGGCGCUGGAGAAAAGCGGCCCGAUGCUGGCCGAAGACGAAGACGAGCGUUCGGGAGAGGCGGCUUCCGCGGUGGAGCUGGAGAUUCAGGGGAAAAAGCAGAGGAGGAACUUGCUCUCCCACGGGAGGAGUGAGUCUGCGGGGAAAGCUCAGUCCAAGGAUGAGUCUGAACAGGCCCCCGCCGCCGCCGAGGAGAAACACAAGGGAUGGUUCGGAUCAAAGGACUCGCACAGCAAACUCAGCCUGGUGGUCUCACCUAAACUAGAGCCCAGCACUGACCCUCACCCACCUCCUCUUCCUCCCACUCACCUCCCCUCGGGUCCCCCUGUAGAGGCUGCCUCCUCUCUGCACCACACUAACCCCUUCUGCCCCUCACAGCCCUCGCCGCCUCCCAUCUCCCCCUGCAACCCUUUCUUCUCUCUCCUGCAGCACAACCCUUUCUACGAGGACAUGCUAACCACUCCGCAGCUCAAACCUCCGCUGCCUCCUCUUCCCUUUCUUUCCAGCUCCCGGCCCCCCAUAGCUCAGCUCUUUCCGAGGAACCCCGACCCGACCGCAGGCGACCCCGUCACUGCCGCAAACAGCCAAGCGAUGGCUAAAGUCAGGGAAAGACCCCUUCCUCCAGCUCCCACGGAGGGCAAGAAACCUCUAGUCAAGAAGUCGUCCAACCCUUUUAUGUCUGUGGAGGAGCUGGGACUGAAUUCAGAGUGGGACGAAUCCUUUGAAGCGUUUGCAGCUGGCAGGCUGCAGUCUCCCGAGGAUCUCACCACAGAGUGCAAAACACAGCAAAACACAGCCAGUGACCAUCCGCUGGAACGCUGCAAUAAUAAAGGAGCAUUACUGCCCGUAAUAAAUCAAAACUCCAACGUGAACGACGCGCCGCACCACCAGGAUUGGACGAGUGAUUUAUUCGAAGCGCAUAAAUUGACCAGCCAGGUGAAGAGCGCGCAUCACCUUGACGCUUUCCCACAAUUCCUCGAAACAAUCCCAGAGCACAGAAGCAUUGAAACUGCUUUAAAUACUUCCACUAACUCUCUCGCUCGCACCGAAACUAAACAAGACGCCACUAAUGAUUUAGCCGACACUAACAUGCAUCAAAGCCCCUCGUCUGCUCAGAUCAGCAGCAGCUCUCCGGAUCCCACUUCCUCGGGUCUCGGCAGUUCAGCAGAAGACGACUUCCUCUCGUGUCUCUCCUCUCAUUCUGACAAAUUCUCCGCAUCCUCUUCCUCGGAGGAAGCUGAAAGCAACAUCCUGGGCUUUGAGAAAUCCUGCGAGUCAGCUGUGGCGAAAAAUGAAAGACCCGAAGACGACGCCGCUGACAGGUCGAAUGAUCUGACUUUAGUUGAUAAUGCUCAGAAGACUGUUGAGAAGGCAGAUCUAAGCGGUUCUGAGGGGUCUUCGGCACCACGAUCCUCAGAGAUUUCACAUCCGCCGCCUGAGGAGACAGAAACCGAAGCCGCAGAAACUCAGACGCUAAACACUUCUGAUGUUUCGUACCCUGAUCUUUUGCCGAAACUCUCCGAAACACGACCGAAAUCCGAUGAAAGUAGAGAAGAUGUGGCUUUUGCUGAGGAUUCCAGCCCCGAUGUGGCAGAUGAUGAACUCUCCUCUACACCACCCCCGUUAUACACCACAACCUCCUCCCCUGGCGCCAAGCAGCAGGAUUCACCAUUUUUUAGCGAUUUCCUGAACAUCAGCGACAUCGCCAACGCUUCUAGCCAAGACAUCACUCUGACGUCUGACCAGGGCUCCAGCAGCCUCCUCCAGAGCCUGUACGUCAGCACCGACUCGCAGGGUUACCAAACCUGCGAGUCUCGACCGGCCUCCAAAGAACCGAAAGAGACGCUUCACUCUGCGAGCUCGACGCUCUGCGGUGAGCCGAUUAAAACUUCAGGCCUGGUAGAUUCCACAAAUGAAUCACUUAACGGAGAAACCAACCGAACCGAGGAGGCGUCUCUUCAGCCGAGCUUCACGAUAGGAGAAGACUUCGAUCCAAAGAAGCUCAGCGAAGGCGGUGUGGAAAACAAACGUGACGUGUUAGGUGACCCUAAAUGCCCUACGCUGCACCGCUCCCACUCUGAGGGCACACUAGCGCCCGUCUUUAACCAACUCCUCCUGCCCUCUUUCGGCAGCGACCCGGGUGCGAUACCAAAGUCCUCCUCCUCCUCUCUGAUCUCUGCUCCCUCUCUAACUCCUGAAAGCUCCCCUGUAGCGCUCUCUAUCCUCCCUCCCUUUGCUUCUGCGAGGUCGCCGCCGCCGCCAACGCUGGCCGACGGGCCAAUGCCACAGGAGGCCGAGCAGCAGCAGCAGCAGCAGCAGCAGCAGCAGCAGGCAGCCAAUCAGCAGCACAGCCCCCACCCAGUGAAGCCCCUGACCACUGCCAUGCAGACGGAGGAGAAGCGGUCAGUGCUGGCCACCGGCCUGGAGAAGCUCAAGUCCACCAUCCACCCGGGGAGGAGCAGCCAGCUCAGCGAGCACGAGACAGAGAGAAAGAAGUCGCUGACGGAGGGGGCGGGCUCGUACUACCACCUGACCCACAGCGAACUGGUGGCCCUGCUGGUGCAGCGCGAGGCCGAGCUGGAGAGGCAGAAGGCCGAGUAUGACCGUCAGAAACUGUUGCUGGCCAAGCGGGAGGUGGAGCUGAGGAGGCUGAAGCCGCAGGUCAGAGAUCUGGAGGACUACAUUGACACGCUGCUGGUGCGCAUCAUGGAGCAGAAGCCCACCCUCCUGCAAGUGCGCUCCAAGUUCAAGUGACGACGUCGGGGGGUUCCAAGGGUUUGCAGUUCAGUCCGCAUCUGUUCACUCUUAACCUCCACAACAGCUCUUUAGUCUUUUCACUGCUAUGCUGUCCUUUUUGAUACAAAUAUUUAGGCACUGAGAGAUGUCGAGGCGACGUUUUUUCCGGCCGGCAUGCUUUACUGUACUGAAACACGUCGAGAAAAGGUUCGGGUUCCGAGUGGGUUUUGAAUGUAGCGCGUCCUCAGGUUGUUUUCAGGUUCACAAAGCCAGGUGGCGGGUUUCACGACCCAGAUGCUUCCAUUUUUUGGGAUCCUGAUUGUAGAAACAUUGACUCCUCCUUUUCACCUCACCUGUCACUUCUGUCACCGUGUCACAAAAGAGAGAAAACUGUCGGGUUUCAGUCCACAACGGCGGGUGUUCACCAGCGCUACAGCUUUGUAGUGAGAGGAACGAUGAUGACCCACUCUGGUGGUUCUGCAUGUGUUCGUCCAUGAACUACAGGGUUUAGAACGAUUUCCCUCAACUGUAGGUUUCAGUGAAAGAGGCUGCUCAAGAUAAGAAUCCAUGGCAGUGAUCAUUCUGUUGCCUUUUUUAUGUCUUAGCAAUGCAGUUAUUACUUUAUGGUUAAUAGAUUAUUCAUAGACUGGCAACCUGUCCAGGACGUACUGCGCUUUUCAUCCAAGUGUCAGCUGGGAUGAACUCCAGCCGCCCACAGCCCUCCUCAGGAGAAGGCUGCUGAUGGAUGGAGAUGAAUCGCUAAGUCUAGAAAAUGUCAGAAAAUAGUGAUAAAUGUCACAGUUUCCUUUAAGUAACAUCUUCAGAUUCCCUCUUUGUCCAACGACAAGUUCAAACCCCCAAAAUAUUGAAUUUAAUGUACAUGACAAAGGAAAGCAACAAAUAUUUAAAUUUGAGAAGCUGGAAAACGUCAAAGUUUGGCAUCAUUGUUUGAAAAUAACAGAUUCUCAAAACAGUUAAUUUCCUAUUAGCUCACUAAUUGAUAAGCUGACUAAUUUUUUGGCUCUGUUAUGUUGGCUUUGGUAUUUAAAACACAGAGGAGCCAUCAAAUUAGUCUCACAUAGCCAGACGAAGGUCCACAGUGCUGUUUCAUCGAUGGAGAAUGGAAUGACCAUUCUGCUAUGGAGGGAAAAAACACACCUGUACCUCUUUAAACCAACCGCAGCUGUUUGGGGCAAAGCUAAGCCCGGGAUGCAGUGAUGGUGCCCCUGCAAAAUAAUAACAAGGGGAGUAGUUUUGGUGGAACAUUUUUAUGCAGGGACACAAACACUGUCAUUAAAAUGGCUAAUUCCUGCCUUAUUUGAUAACCCAGAUCAUUAAAACUUACCAUUUUAAGGGUGUAGGUUGCUGCUUGAAGGCUUUUCCUGUAAUUUCCUGUAAAAUCGCUCACCAGUUACCAGUGUUUUGGGCCAAUCUAAGCCCAGGAUGCAAUGAAUGUUGCCCCUGCAAAAUAAUGACGACGGGAAUUGUUUUGCCACAUUUGCAUGCAUUUAAAUUGGUAAUUCACUGAAUAAACCAAGCAGCGCUGUGUUAUUUGAUCAUCCAAAUCAGGUCAUUUUCAGGCUGUAGGUGGCUGUUUAGUUUUUUUGUGUUUUUCCUGUAGUAAAGAGAAUUUUAAAAAUGGUGACAUGCAGAUAGCGGAGUAGGAGGAUACAGGUGUGUGGAAAUGGCAAAAAUUUUCCCCAAAGUCGACAUCUGGUGAAGCCACGCUUACCACGACUGUGAUAUACAUCAGUCAAUAUCAUAACAAAGGCAAUAAAGUGUUCCCUGUACAGGAUUUAAAGUUUUAAUUCUCUGCAAGUUGAGGCAUUUCGCCAAAGAUUAUCCAAAAUCUCUGGAGAAAUGGGAGUAAGGAACUUUAAGUGAAAUUGGAAAAUUAACAGAAUUCAUGUCAGGUACACACAAAACCUAGUUCAUGUGUAAAACGUGCAGAACCACCGGUGUGCUUCUUUACUUUUUCCAGAUGACAUACGUGCUCUUUUUGGAUUGACACCCCACAAACGUUCCCUGACGAUUAACGACCGAGUGCUCCGACUAGUUUUUGAAACUACAAACCAAAUGAGCUGUGUGAGAGUUGAGCUUCGUCACGUGCACAACACUGGGAACCGAUUGUAGCUUCUGAAUGUUCAAAAGUGUUCUUAGCCAGCAAGCGAAUGGUUUUACUUUCAACGCACGAUAAGUGCUGUUUAUCUUUUGCUUGUUCCUUCCUUUUUCCCUCCUCCUCCUCCUCUUCUUUCUGUUCCACGGGCAUGUCUUGAAAUUUACCCAUAAUGCUCAGCCACAUAAGCUAACUUGAUUCUCGUAGGGGUCACGGUGUUAUCAGGUGAAGACAGUAUCACUCAGUAUCCAGUCAGUAUCAAGAUCAGCCAUCACAGCUUCUCUGAUCUCAUGCUUCUGCCUUCCCACAUGUGCGUUAUCGCCACGGCGUUGAGAAGAUGCCUGCGACAUGCUGGUACUCGACUUCCCUCCUUUCAGUGUCCGUGUGUCACAUCUGCUUCUACACGAGCACGCAUAAUCGCUUCUACUGCUUUCAGGUGUUACAAAGGGAUAUAUACCGCAUUUUACAGCAUAUAUGCCGUAUUGAAAUGCCAAAUGCUGCCUUAUUUUUGUUCCGUUCAUUGAGAAUCUCGCACUUCAUUUUACUUGUCGGGGCUCGGGGGGCAGGUCUUGAAAACAAAAAAGAGAAAAGCCAUCUGUUCACUGAAAGUUUUUUUUUUUCUUCUUCUUUUUUUAUUCUUCUAAAGCUUUGUUAUGAUAUUGUUUAGGUCACUGCACAAAAAUAAAUUGUAUGCAUACCAAUAGAAACUGAGUAGUUACAGUGAUUUCCUGUGAAAUGCCAAAAAAAUAAAAAACUUAAAAAAAAAAAAAUCUAAAUAAAAAAAAACAAAAAACACAAAGCCUUGAAACUUAAUCUAUGGAGCAGAUUGAUACACCAUAAAGUAUUCUGAUAUGAUGCCACUUUUAACAGCAUUUGUGGAUGUUCUUGCACUACUUAAUCGUCAGAAGAAAACUCUACUGUACCCGUCUGUCUGAUCUCGGUAUAGUUAGAUGUACUUUACACCGUACUGCACUUUCUAAUCGCUCUGUGAUUUAAGCACUCGGCCUAUUUUUGACACCACAACGAUGAUUAGCCAGUGAGCUCAAAGCAUACAAAAACACAUCUAAAAAACAUCUCGUCAUCUCGGUUCUGCUGUGCGAUCGCAAUAUCAAGUGCAUAGAUGACUGUAGAGACAUUUUAAAUGUGACUCGGCACUUUCCGCAGUGCAAGAAAUAAACAUCCUCGUUCAUGUCUUCCAUUUUACAAAGUUCUUAUUUAAGUUUAAACUGAUUGUAUUUUGUCCUCGAUUGUGUAGCUGGUGGAAUGUGCUUAAAGGUAGUAUGUGAGAUUGGAACGUUUACAAUCCGUGAUGCAAUUCUGUUUCACAAAUUUUGUAUAUUUAAUAAAGAAUAUUUUGUGUUUCUUGCUCACCGUA